CGUUUGAUUGUUGACGACGCCGUUAAUGAUGAUAACUCUGUGGUCUCCAUGUCACAGGCUAAAAUGGAUGAGCUUCAGUUAUUCCGUGGUGAUACUGUUCUUAUCAAGGGAAAGAAGCGCCGCGACACCGUUUGCAUCGCCCUAGUUGAUGAUACCUGCCCGGAUGAACGAAUCCGGUUCAACCGUUGCGUGCGUAAUAACCUCAGAGUUAGGUUGGGGGAUGUUGUCACCAUCCAGGGGUGCCCAGAGGUCGGAUAUGGACGUCGCAUUCACGUGCUUCCAAUAGACGACACUAUUGUUGGUAUCACUGGGAACCUGUAUGAGGUCUAUCUAAAGCCGUAUUUUGUCGAGGCCUACAGGCCCGUGCGGAAGGACGAUAUAUUUGUUGUCCGAGGUGGUAUGCGUGCUGUUGAAUUCAAGGUGAUUGAGACUGAUCCUUCUCCUUAUUGUAUCGUUGCUCCUGAGACUAUUAUCCAUACAGAGGGUGAUCCCGUCAAGCGAGAAGACGAAGAAGAUAAGUUGAACGAGAUCGGUUAUGAUGAUAUUGGCGGUUGUCGAAAGCAGUUGGCUCAGAUCAAGGAAAUGGUUGAGUUGCCCUUACGGCAUCCUCAGCUUUUCAAAGCGAUCGGUGUAAAACCUCCCAGAGGAAUACUUUUAUACGGCCCGCCGGGUACGGGCAAAACACUUAUUGCAAGAGCCGUAGCCAACGAAAGUGGAAGCUUCUUUUUCCUCAUUAACGGGCCUGAAAUCAUGUCGAAAUUAGCUGGCGAGUCUGAGUCAAACUUGAGGAAGGCAUUUGAAGAGGCGGAGAAAAAUGCGCCGGCAAUAAUCUUUAUUGAUGAGUUGGAUGCAAUCGCACCAAAAAGAGAGAAAACUCACGGUGAAGUAGAGCGUCGCAUUGUUUCACAGUUACUGACAUUGAUGGAUGGUCUGAAGCAAAGAAGCCACGUCAUCGUAAUGGCUGCCACCAACAGACCAAACAGCGUUGAUCCAGCUCUGCGCCGCUUCGGUCGUUUUGAUCGUGAGAUCGAAAUCGGCAUUCCGGAUAGCAUUGGCCGCCUGGAAAUUUUAAAGAUCCAUACCAAAAAUGUGCGACUCGCGGAUGAUGUGGAUCUCGAUCAAAUCGCUAAUGAAGCGCACGGGCAUGUCGGAGCAGAUCUGGCGUCGUUGUGCUCGGAGGCCGCACUGCAGCAGAUUCGUAACAAAAUGGAUUUAAUUGAUCUGGAGGACGACACAAUAGACGCCGAAGUCCUAAAUUCACUUGCGGUUACAAUGGACGACUUUAGAUGGGCACUUGGAAAAAGUAACCCUUCCGCGCUGCGAGAAACUACGGUGGAGGUGCCGAAUGUCACUUGGGACGACAUCGGUGGGUUGGAAAAUGUCAAACGUGAACUGCAAGAGUUAGUCCAGUAUCCUGUUGAGCAUCCUGACAAGUUCCUCAAGUUCGGUAUGACACCAAGCAAGGGUGUACUCUUCUACGGUCCUCCCGGUUGUGGUAAAACACUACUGGCCAAGGCAAUUGCAAAUGAAUGUCAAGCUAACUUUAUAAGUAUCAAAGGUCCGGAGCUACUAACCAUGUGGUUUGGUGAAUCUGAAGCGAACGUAAGGGAUAUUUUCGACAAGGCGCGGCAGGCAGCUCCAUGUGUACUGUUUUUCGACGAAUUGGAUUCUAUCGCUAAGGCUCGGGGUGGUAGUGUUGGUGAUGCUGGUGGCGCUGCCGAUCGAGUUAUUAAUCAACUGUUAACAGAAAUGGACGGUAUGUCUUCAAAAAAGAACGUGUUCAUCAUUGGUGCUACAAAUCGCCCGGAUAUACUUGACGGUGCUAUUUUGCGUCCUGGGCGUUUGGAUCAACUGAUCUAUAUUCCGCUACCCGACGAGAAAUCUCGAAUCAACAUCUUAAAAGCCAAUUUACGCAAGUCGCCUGUCGCCAAUGAUGUCGAUUUAGGGUAUUUGGCCAAAGUUACUCAAGGCUUCUCUGGAGCUGAUCUAACUGAGAUUUGUCAAAGAGCCUGUAAGCAAGCGAUCCGCGAGUCCAUCGAGGCAGAAAUACGAGCUGAACGUGAACGCCAAUCUCGACCAGAUGCUAUGGUAAGUGCUUUACAAAUUGCAAACAGCCAUGAGGUUCGCAAGANNAGACGAUCAGUCACGGAAAAUGAUGUUAGAAAAUACGAAAUGUUCUCACAGACCCUACAGCAAUCUCGAGGCAUCGGAGGCAACUUCAGGUAA